AUGUAUCAAUAUAACAACCCCAGCAAUGAUAGCAACAACCCUCCUUUACCAUCCGCAAGAUUACCUGCAAGACCUAGGUUCAAUGGACCAGGCGAGGAGUAUUCAAUGCAACAAACCUCAUACAAUAGUAAACCCGCAAAUGUCGGAUUCCAACAACCUGCACGUAAUGAUAAUGAUUUAGGAUACUAUGAGUCAUCUAUACCUGGUUCCAACAACAUGCAAAGACCUUUAAUGGCUGCCAAUAAUUCAUCUAUCUCUACUGCAACUACUUUAGGCGGCAAUGGCGGCAAUGGCGGCGGUGGUGGCACGCGAUUUGGAUCUCCUCCAUCAAACAUGAUUGGUGGCGGACCUGGCGAUUUCGGUAUUGCUCCAAGAAGACAAACGAGAAGAUACAAAACAGUUCGAAGAGUUAAGUUGACAGGUGGCAAUUUGGUUUUGGAUAAUCCUGUACCGAACAAAUAUCUUUCUCAAGUGCAACGUCGAGAUGAUAAUGAAUUCACUCAUAUGCGAUACACUGCUGCUACUUGUGAUCCUGCUGAUUUCCUUCGAGAGAAUUAUCAAUUAAGACAAAACUUGUUGAGAAGAGAGACCGAGCUUUUCAUUGUCCUGACCAUGUACAAUGAAGAUGAGGUUUUAUUUUGUAGAACCAUGAAUGGUGUUAUGAAAAACAUCGCACAUCUUUGUGGUCGAGAACGAUCCAAGACAUGGGGACAACAAGGUUGGAAGAAGGUCGUAGUCUGCAUCGUCUCUGAUGGUCGAACCAAGAUUCAUCCUCGUACUUUGUCUGUGCUGGCUGCAAUGGGUGUUUAUCAAGACGGUUUAGCUAAAAAUGUGGUUGAAGGAAAACCUGUAACAGCUCAUAUCUACGAGCAUACAACUCAACUCUCUGUGGAUGCUGACAUGAAUUUCAGAGGCUCAGAGAAGGGUGUUGUGCCUGUUCAAAUCUUGUUCUGUCUCAAGGAAAAGAAUCAAAAGAAGAUUAACUCUCAUCGUUGGUUUUUCCAAGCAUUCGGUCCUCUCAUUCGUCCCAAUGUCUGUGUAUUAUUGGAUGUCGGUACCAAACCAGGAUCUCGUUCCAUUUACAAUCUCUGGAAAUCCUUUGAUAUUAACCGUAAUGUUGCUGGUGCGUGUGGUGAGAUUAAAGCCAUGGUGGGUAGAGGUGGUGUGCACCUUUUGAAUCCUUUAGUCGCCUCUCAGAAUUUUGAGUAUAAAAUGUCGAAUAUUCUGGAUAAACCCCUUGAAUCGGUAUUUGGUCAUAUUUCUGUCUUACCUGGUGCUUUCUCUGCGUAUCGUUAUACUGCCCUUCAGAACGAUAUUCACGGCGUCGGGCCUCUUGAAAAGUACUUUUUAGGUGAAAAGAUGCACGGUGCAGAUGCAGAUAUCUUUACCGCUAACAUGUAUCUUGCCGAGGAUCGUAUCUUGUGUUACGAGCUGGUAGCCAAGAAAGACGCCGCUUGGGUCUUACAUUAUUGCUCUAACGCGUCAGGCGAAACUGAUGUACCCGAUAAGGUGGAUGAAUUCAUUUCUCAGCGUCGUCGUUGGUUGAACGGUUCGUUCUUUGCUGGUCUUUAUUCGAUGGUACAUUGGCGUAAAGUGUGGAGUUCGGAUCAUUUCAUUUUGAGAAAGAUUCUAUUCAUGUUUAACGAUCUCUACCAACUGUACAAUCUUUUCUUUUCCUGGUUCGCCAUUGGUAACUUUUAUCUUGUAUUUUAUAUCAUGACUACUUCUAUUAUCGACACACCCAAUCCUCCUUACAGCGGUCACGUUGGUCAAAUCAUUCAUACGGUUCUUAACUACAUUUACGUCAUGCUUCUUAUUCUUCAAUUUAUCAUUGCGCUCGGUAAUCGCCCUCAAGGUCUCAAAUGGGCUUACACGGGUAUUAUUGUGUUUUUCGCUAUUCUGAUGCUCUACGUCAUGUUCUGUACUAUUUGGAUCACUGUGCGAGGUGUGCAAUCCGCUUAUGCUACAGCGGAGCUUGCAAAGGCAUCGGAAGAUGCUAGUACUAUCUUUAUGGCCUUGAUCCAGGAGGACACUUUCCGUAACGUUGUCAUCUCAGUCUGCUCUACUUAUGUCAUGUAUCUUGUUGCUAGUUUGCUCUUCCUGGACCCAUGGCAUAUGCUCACCAGUAUGAUUCCUUACAUCUUUAUGUCACCUAGUUAUAUCAAUGUGCUUAAUAUUUAUGCGUUCUGUAACACACAUGAUGUUUCUUGGGGUACCAAGGGUGACAACGGUGUGUCUACUGAUUUAGGUGUUGUAAAGAGUUCAAAGGGUAAAGAUGGUGAAAGUGAAGUUGAAGUAGCAGCGCCCACAGAACAAAAGGAUUUGAACGAACAAUACGAUGAGGCUUGUAUGGAUUUGAAGGCUGUCGUGAUACCUGAAGUCAGUCACCGAGAUGCCAAGACGAAACAAGAGGAUUAUUAUAAAUCCUUUAGAACGAAGUUGGUUACAUGUUGGGUGACUUCCAAUAUGAUUUUAGUGACGCUGAUCACAAACGGACAAGAGGUCUUUAAAUGGGCUGGUACAUAUGAGGAAAGAGCUACUGCUUACCUUGGCUUUAUUCUUUGGUCUGUCGCUGGUUUAUCAGCUGUACGUUUUAUUGGUGCUUGUUUAUACUUGGUUUCCAAGAUCUUUACUGGAUAAAAAAAUACAUAUAUAUUUAUAUCCCCCUUUCACAUUAUUCAUUAUCCCCCCACACACACAAAACCCUCCAUUGUACUCACAUAAUAUCAAUCCCACACAACCCUUUUUUAUUACUUUACUCAGUAUUCAUGAAAUAAAAAACUACAUACUGUAUUUCACCUAACUUUUGGAAAAUUGAGCUACCGUUUUUGGGUAUUUUUGAGAAAAAUUCAAUGCACUAGGUGCUCUCAAGAUCGGAAACCGAAAAUAAAGAGCCCAUUUUUUUUACAAAAAUAGUAAAAAAAGUGUUUGAAAUGUCAAUCUAAAUUUGGUCAAAAUAAUACAUAUACAUAUGUAGGUAAAAAAUGAAAUGUUGCUCAUGUUUACAAAAUUAUUCACUUGAAAAGAAAAU